CCAAUACAUCGGCACCUGGGCGCUUAUCUCAUCAUGGGAUAUAAGAAUCGCUCAUCAUCACACAUGUAGAGUAGUCCAAAGCUAAAUCAAUCUUCUACAAUCCAAGCAACUCCUUUUCAACGAUCAACCCGACUGACAAUGAGGAACGACGAAGAUAUGGUAUUCGUCGACGCAAUCAACACGCCUUAUGACGAUGGGUGCCAGCUCUCCACAGAACGAAAGACUCGGAACGGUAUAGACACAGCGUAUUUAUACACACCUCAAACUAAGGGUUCGAUCGAUACAGGAACUCCACGUAAUAAUGAGCUCAAUGACACCCAUGCAAGCGCUACGACGGAGAGUCCUCACACUGCCUUCAAGAGCACACGGCCAAUAGUGUCCCUUGCAUCGAAGGACAAGCAAGACGAGGAGACGCUGCAAACCUCGAUGAGACCAAACACCACCAUUGUUAAGACGACGCAGGAACCUGCCGCAACCCUGUCCCACGAACCAAAAAUCACGAAGGCACACUCUGCACCUGGUCCUGUCCCCAAUGCCAAUUUAGCACGAACAGCUCCCAAGUCAUCAAUGCCUGUAUCUGCGAAUCAGGCGCCUACACCACUCGUGCACCGCAAUCCCCCCGCAUUCCCACCAAAGAACCUGAGGCCUUGUAAGAGCCCUUACAUUCCACCGCCACCACCUCAGGGGGCGCCACUUAGAUCAUCCUUACCUCCAGGUAUGGUUCCAUUUGAGCAUGUUGGUGGUAUGCAUCCAAUCCCAACAGACCCCUUGAAUGGCUCCGAGAUCAUCACCUCCCACUCAGAACUCAUUCCUGUAGUCUACACCGACGACAACAAGCCCGAAGACAAACUCGUGCGCACCAUAUUCAACAAGAGAAUAUACACCACCUUCCACCACGCCGGAUCUUACGACUUCGCCAAACACUCGUCACUCCUGCGCGCUGCCGAAACCGAAGUCUGGUACCGCUGGCCGGCCGCGUCCGACGAGUCACACAUCCUGUCCCUGUGCAAACGUGGCGAGCUUGCCAGCGCGACGGAGUAUCUGAGCACCGAAGUCGAGGGCCGCUCCAUCUCGCCCCUGAACGCCAGCAUUCCAAGAGUAUGGGCUAGUCACGUGUUUACUGCACCACUGGACGACGACGUGUACACCUGUGUCACCCGCAUGGGCCACUUGGCGCGCAACUACAGCGGUGCAUGCACGACUUGUACGCACACCGUGGCCAAGAAAUUGGAGAACACGUCGCUCGUAUACAUUGUCGUGCUCUCAUCAUACAUGGAUCCGGCCCCGGGCUUUAGCGCACGAGGACCGAGUCCGACAGAGAAGGUCUUCAAGGUACUGAGUUUCGGGAGCAGAGAGAGUGCAGCCGCUGAAGCAUUCUAUGCGUCAGGCGUUCAGGGGUGGGAUGUGGUGUUUUCAUGUGUUAUUAGGAGCGAUGCGCUGAGCGCUUUAGGGAAGGGGUUGGAUGUGGUUCGUGUUGAGAAGAUCCAUGAGUUGGCGAAUGUGGAUGAGAGAGAGAUCGGAGGAGAUUAUGUUAGGGCCUUCUAUUGAGUAU